GUAAAUCUUGGAAGCGUGAUACUGUGGUAUACUAGUGGGCGACUGGUGCUAACUUAAACUUCAGAUAACUAAGGGAAAGACGUAACGGAACAAAUCAUUGUCAUUGCUUGACAAUGACUGAAACAUAUAAGUUGGAAUUAUUUCCUGACUGGAAGGCUACACUGUUAUUGUUUAAAAAUGUACAAAAUUCAGCAGAUUUAAGAAGAAAAGCAAUUGAUGGAUCUGUUGAUGGUACUUUGCUAAAUCCUGCAAUGAUUGUUGAUCCAUUUCAAAUUCUUGUAGCAGUAAACAAAGCAAUCCAUCUACAGAUGCUGGGGAAAAUGAAAACAAGAACCCUUAAUUCAGAGAUUCUCUUCAACCUAUCCCCUACAAACAAUAUUUCGGAAGCUUUUAAAAAAUUUGGCUUGGCUGACAAUGAUUCUGGAGUUCUUGUUGUUUUGACUGAAGAUGGGACUAAAAAAUCUCAAGAAAUAAUCUCUCAGAUUGAUGGCGAACAGGUUCCUAUAACUGCACUGACGGAGUUCACAGACAUUAAAAAAGUAAAAAAGAUGUAUAAACUAACUGCACAAGAAGAAAAAAUUAGCACUGUCCUUGAGGCUGUACUCUGCAGAAUGUCAACUAAAGAUGUUGUGUAAAGAAGAUCUGUUCCAGAUAAAUGAAAAGCAUAGCAUAAUAUUUGUUUCUUACUAGUUGCUCAAUUACUCCUUUUUAGUUAAAAGAGAUGGAAAGGUUCAAAAACUGGGGGGUGCCAAAUGUUAGACACCCCCCAGUGAUUGUAAGCAUUUACCUGAUACCCCGAGCCAGUGCCCCUGUUAGCAGAAAACUGCACCAGCCCGUGGUACUUCUGUGCCAGCGAUCCUCUUUCUGCUUCUUGUGGCUUUGCAUGCACAGUAGGGUGAAAUCCCCAGUGAUUGAACCUUUCUUUCUCCUUUAACUCUAUUCUGCAUGAGUACUUUGUGCUGUUUUGCAGCAAUAUUUUUGGUUUUGUAAAUCAAGCAGAUACCAGAAUUGGACUUUCAUUACAAAUAUUAAGGGUAUAGCUGUAAUAGCACUACCUAAACAAACUGAGUGCCAGAGAUGAGCAUUCUCAUGAGAAUUUGGAUUCAUUUCUAUUUAUCUAGAUGAGCAAAAUGUUUUAACUUUUGUAUAUUACUAUUAGUAAAAUAUUUUUCAGAAGA